AAAAAAAGGAAGACCUCAAAUUCUGAUUUUUUGUUCCCUUCACCGACGGCGAGGAGUGAGGGUUGACAACGGGAUGGCGCGGAGCGUAUCGUACGUUUCGGCGGCGAAGCUGGUAUCCAUGGCGCGAGGCAAUCCCCGCCUCGCCAUCAUCGACGUCAGGGAUGAGGAGAGGAGCUACCAGGCUCACAUCGCGGGUUCGCACCACUUCGCCAGCGGCAGCUUCGAGGCGCGGAUGCCGGAGCUGGUGCGGGCCGCCAGCGGCAAGGACACCCUCGUUUUCCACUGCGCGCUGAGCCAGGUACGAGGUCCAACUUGUGCUCGGAUGUUCUCAGACUAUCUAUCGGAGACCAAGGAGGAUUCAGGGAUAAAGAACAUCAUGGUACUGGAGCGCGGGUUUAACGGAUGGGAGGUUUCAGGGCAGCCUGUCUGCAGCUGCACCGACGCUCAUUGCAAAGGGACGUGUUCUUAAGCACACGAGUUUAUAUCUCUCUUAGGCCUUGAACAACCAAGGAUCGGCAUGGUCUCCGUUUCUCUUGUCGGUGGUUACUUCACCUCAUUAAAACUCAUUAAAAUGAUUGACACGCGACAGAUUAUUGGGUUGGCAACUCCUUUGUGGGAACUGCAUGCAUAACUACCACCAGACCACUGUCAGACAUAAGACACUUCACGGUGUACUGCCAGGUGGCAGUAUUCGUUUCAGAAUUCACAGUUUUUUGC